AUGAAAUUCCAUCAGCAGCUUAUAUCAAUUGGCUUGACAUUACUUCUUCUUGUUCAAACGUCUGCUGCUACAAAGAUGUACAGUAAAGAUGGGAAGAAUGUCGCAGCGUACUGGGGUCAAGGUGACAAUCAAGAGUCAUUAGCCACGUACUGCAAACAAAAGAAUAUGGGGAUUGUGAUAAUCUCGUUUCUCAAUAAUUGGAACUCCACUGCUGUCAGUUACAACUUUGGUAAUGCUUGUGGAGGAAACACUUGUCCUCAGAUCGAAAAAGAUAUUAAAACUUGUCAGAAACUCGGGAUCAAGGUGUUCUUAUCACUUGGUGGAGAUGCUACGUUGGGGAGCUAUGGGGUCAGCACCGCUGAAGAGGGACGUGCUGCAGCCUCAGUGAUUUAUAAUACCUUCCAUCCAAAAGCUGAUCCCAGCGUCACAAAACCGUUCGGAAAAGCCGAAAUCGAUGGGUUUGAUUACGAUAUUGAGAAUAGUAAUUCCGGGGGUCUUGGAGCAAUGGUCGCUGAGCUUCGUACCCUUUGGACAUCCAAGACUUUACUCAUUAGUGCUACUCCACAAUGUCCUUAUCCAGAUAAAGGUACCAGUGCAUUAUUGACCGACACCAGUGCUAAAGUCGAUUUUGUGUUUGUUCAGUUUUAUAAUAAUCCUGAUUGCGCAUUAUCCAACGAUAACGGCUUCAACUCUUCAUGGGGUACCUGGUCGAACUUCACCAAAAAUGGUUCGGGAAACCCUAAUAAGAUGAAGAUCUUUAUUGGAGUGUGUACCGCGUGUGAUUCGGAAUAUAUUGUGGAUAUCAGAGAUGUCGAGAGUCGGACUGCAGAAAUGAGAAAUUUCGAGUAUUUUGGAGGGUUCACUCUAUGGGAAGUUUCUUCAGCAACGAAAAAAAUCACUAACGGAUUAAAUUACAUUUCUGGAUUGCAACGGAUCAUCAAGAACAAGAAAUUGCCAGUGGCCAAAACCGUCAACAAAGUUGUAGUCUUCAAUGAAGAUGUCGAUGAUACUAACAACACUGGUUUGUACACUGAUGAUAUUAUCAGUACUAGUUUCUAUACUGAUGAUGUUGCCACCAAUACAGCUGAUGAUAGCACUUAUUCUACCGCAGAUGUAUAUACUGAUGAUAGUGAUGCUGCUACCACUUCUUCUGAUGAUGGUAGUUAUUCCACCUCAGAGGUAUAUAGUGAUGCUGUUGUUGUUGUUAGCUCGACAUCCAUUCAAAGUAAUUUGACACAUGUGUACGAUAAGCGCAACAGAUUCAAUCCGGCCACCACCCUUCAGGAAUUAACCAUAUCAAGGAGACAAACCAUCGUUCAGCCAACUGGCUCAUCAAAAAACAGAAGAUUGUCCCCAAGACAUGCAAUCACCCUCUCUCCAUAA